AGCGGUUCGGGAUCUUUUCUUCCCUUGCAUCCGGUGCGAGAGUCUUCGGUGCUACUCAGAACUUCGUAUAAGACACAAUACCUCCACGUUUUGUUCGGCCUGCUGUCCCUUAUCUAGACGACACGUUUGAUACUUUGCGUCUUCCGAGAUGUUCGAAUCGGGAAUCUUAUAUUCGGUAACAGGGGCCUUUGGGAAGCAUACUCUUGCAGUUCUUGGAGCCUCUGUUUCUUAUGUUAUUGUCUGCAAUGCUCUCCGUUAUAGACGCCGGAACCAAAAGCAUGCACAGUCUCCGUACAAAACGCGGGAUGAUUACUCUAAAAUGACAACGGACGACGCUUGGGCAAUAAUGAAGUACAUUCUGUCGUUGGAGUUUCCCCUUCUUUCUGAGACAGCUCUCCAGUUCGCACUGUUCAGGACUUAUGGUAUACAAACUAUCUCCAAACUUCUAUGUGAGACGAAACAAUUAGCAAGUCUUCAGAAUGCACCACGACGAUACGACGACACGCGUGUUCUCAUUGGUGAAUUCCUCAGCUACGCCCCAACUACUAAGCGAGCCAACUCGGCGAUUGCGCGCAUGAACUAUCUGCAUGGCAACUACCAAAAGGUGGGUAAGAUCAGUAAUGACGAUUUGCUAUACACGCUAUCAUUGUUUCUGCUUGAGCCUAGAAGGUGGAUUGAGCGGCAUGAGUGGAGGACUUUGACACCCAUGGAGCUUUGUGCACUCGGCACUUUCUGGAAAUCCAUUGGUGAUGCCAUGGAGAUAUCAUAUGAGCCUCUGUCCCAUGGGCCUUCAAAUUUCAAAGAUGGUUUGGAAUUCAUGGAGGACAUGGAGCUGUGGUCGAAUGCCUACGAGAAACGCACCAUGAUUCCAAACGAUUGGAACCACAAGCUGGCCAACGAGACUACGGCCAUCCUGUUGACCAAUGUCCCUCCCUUUCUCAAACCCACCGGCAAGCAUGCCGUGGAAGCCUUGAUGGACGAGAGGCUUCGACGUGCCAUGAUCUACGAUGACCCACCACCACUCAUCAGCAAACUUGUCUACUCUGCUCUAUACAUCCGCAAGCUCGUCAUCCGCCAUCUGCUACCACCCCGACCAUACUUCCUACGCAAGCGGGACCUAAGUGACGACCCUGAUCCUGUGACCGGACGGUACUACAAGUUGAUAUACGAGUCAGAACCAUGGUAUGUUAAACCUACAUUUUUCGUACGAAACUCGCCGUCAUCAUGGCUACGAUGGGCGAUUGGUCGCCCUUAUCCCGACGGCAAGAACUACAAGCCAGAGGGGUACGAUAUUCUCGAGGUGGGACCUCCCAGUAAAGAGAAAGUCGGCAGGGCACAGUGCGAGGCUACGAGGGAUAAACUCCUGGCUGCGGAUCGUGGGCGGUGUCCCUUUGCUUUCAGUAAAUCCUGAUAGUAUGAUGCUGUGGUAGUAGAGGGUGGACCCAACAGGGCAGAGAUGCAUGUUGGCGGAGUGGCAGGAUUACGCCGCAGUAUGUAAAUAUGCAUCAUGGGCUCCUGUUACCAGAAACGAUGUGUCAAACUAGAGGAAGUACUGCAAUGACGCCGUAUGCGAUGUUAGAAUGAAAGAUUGUUCAAGGACCUUACUACGGGAAAAGUAACUGCCGACAUCAUUUUCUAUGUAUCCAGCAUGCCUAAAAGUUCAGCUAGAAUGUCAGCCGAAGCAUC